GCUGUUGGUGUGGACUGACUGCGCGGCAGGUCAGGGCGCAUGCUUGGUAUUGGCUGUAGGCUACUGACAGCGCUGCUUGGUAUUGGCUGUAGGCUACUGACAGCGCUACGCACUGUCUGGAUCUCAUCAGCAGCCUGAAGUUUGUAGCGGACUGAUGGUGCGAGACCUGCGCACUGCUUUUUAUCACCGCUUUGCUAUUCGCAUUUAUCCAUUGAGACCCUUAGACUCGAGCGUUUGCUGGGGGGAGUUUACGCACCUGCAACUUUGGACUGAUCUGGUCAAUUCGGGAUGGAAUCGAACGGUAAAGCAGAAAAACAUGGGUUAGAGAGAGAUGCGGACCUCCAGUUGUUGCUGGUGGGGGGAGAGCUGCUGAAGGUAAGGUCCUCCUCCUGGAAGAAGAACCGCUUCUACAAGCUGCAGGAGGACUGUACAACCAUGUGGCACGAGUCACACAGGACAUUCAAGCGCAACCAGACCUUCUCCAUUGAUGAGAUAGAAUCUGUGCGUAAGGGCCGUCAGUCGGAGGGUCUUCAGAAGCACACAGAGGCCCACGUUGAGGACCGCUGUUUCUCCAUUAUCUUUAAGGGCCGCAGGAGGAACCUGGACCUGAUAGCUACCUCAGCAGAGGAGGCUAGGCAGUGGGUCAAUGGUCUGGAGAAGAUCAUCUCGAACAUGAAGAAACUCAACAGCCAGCAGACAAGCGAGCACUGGAUCUUCAACUGUAUGAGGAAAGCAGACAAGAACAAGGACAACAAGAUGACCCUGAAGGAGCUGAAACACUUCCUCCGCCAGAUCAACAUCGAGGUGGACGACAUGUACGCUGAAGUGCUGUUUGCAAAAUGUGACAAGUCUAACUCGGGCUCCCUGGAAGGUCCUGAGAUCAAACACUUCUAUGAUCUGCUGAUAUACCGCGAGGAGAUCGAUGUGAUCUAUGGGAAGUACGCCACUACGGGGGAGCAGAUGAGUGUCAAAGACCUGCUCAACUUCCUGCUGAACGAGCAGCGUGAGGUGGCCACAAUGGAGGACGCUGUAAGCCUCAUAGAGAGAUACGAGCUGGACGAUUCAGCAAAGCAGAAGAAUCACAUGACCAAAGAUGGCUUCCUGAUGUACCUGCACCAGGAGGAGGGGUCUAUCUUCAACCCCGCCCACAAGGAGGUGUUCCAGGAUAUGAGCCAGCCAAUCAACCACUACUUCAUCAGCUCCUCCCACAACACCUACCUGAUGGAAGACCAGCUCAAAGGCCACAGCAGCACAGAGGCCUAUAUCAAGGCCCUGAUGAAGAGUUGUCGCUGUGUGGAGUUAGACUGUUGGGACGGGGCCCAUGGAGAACCAAUCAUCUACCACGGCCACACCCUCACCUCCAAGGUCCUGUUUAAAGACGUCAUCAAGGCCAUCAAGGAGUAUGCCUUCAAGACAUCAGAGUACCCAGUGAUCCUGUCCCUGGAGAACCACUGUACACUGGAGCAGCAGAAACUGAUGGCCAAGCACAUGAUCUCCAUCCUGGGCAGCGCCCUGCUCACCUCCCCCCUGGAGGACCAGAUGCCCACUGCCUUCCCCUCACCCCAGGACUUGAAGGGUCGGUUCAUCAUCAAGGGGAAACGUCUGAACAAGCUGGAUGCCGUCUUCAGCAAUACUAGUCCUGGAGUAGAGGAAGACUGUGUCUCAGAGGAGGACGAGGCUGCAGAGACCAGCAACUCCAAGACAGACACCAAUGGACAGAAGGCCAAAGCCAAGAAGUCAAAGAUCAAGCUAGCCAAGCAGCUGUCUGACCUGGUGAUCUACUGUAAGAGUGUCCACUUCUCAGGGUUUGAGCACGCUAAAGACAAGCAGGCCUUCUAUGAGAUGUCCUCCUUUAAAGAGAGCAAGGCUGUUAACCUGGCUGAGACAGCAGGGAACGCCUUUAUCCACCACAACAUGACCAAGCUGAGCCGUAUCUACCCAGCUGGCUCCAGAACAGACUCCUCCAACUACAACCCUGUUUCCCUGUGGAACGCAGGCUGUCAGAUAGUGGCGCUGAACUUCCAGACUCCCUCUAAGGAGAUGGACCUGAACCAGGGCCGGUUCCGGUCCAACGGGGUGAGUGGAUACGUCCUGAAGCCUGGCUUCCAGAGAUACCCUGGGACAGAGUUUGACCCAAUGACCCUCACCAAGGGACCCUGGCUCAAACGCAAGACCUUCCACAUCAUGGUGAUCUCAGCCCAGCAGCUGCCCAAGUUAAACAAGGACAAGUGUAAAUCCAUCGUGGACCCGCUGGUUAAAGUGGAGAUCGAUGGUGUUCCAGCUGACACGUGCAGCAAGGAGACACGCUCCAUCGAGAACAAUGGUUUUAACCCCAUGUGGAAUGAGACGUUCCAGUUUGACAUCCAGGUACCAGAGCUAGCCCUGGUCCGCUUCCUCGUUGAAGACUAUGACUCCACCUCACAGAACGACUUAAUUGGACAGUACUGCCUGCCACUCACCAGUCUUCAGAACGGUUACCGCCACGUCCCUCUUCUCACCAAGCAUGGUGAUGUCAUCCCCUCAGCCGGCUUGUUUGUUCACCUCAUGCUGCUGGAUGCCAAAUAGACCCCGUCCACUUCACAUGGACCCCACCAACAUCAAACUAACCCCUCCCACAUACUACUGACUCCUCCCACAUAACACAGACCCCUCCCACACCACUAAGGACUCCUCUGACAUUGUAAUGUCUCUUCUCACACCAAAAGGACUACUUCCACAUCAAACUAACUCCUCCCACAUAACACGGACCCCUGAAAAUGUGUGUUUUAGCAUCUAAGCGGUAGGUGGGUCUGACAUGCUAAGUUGCUUUUUAAAAGUAUUGUAUGUGAAUGAUACAAGCAAGUAAAGGAUCCUAUUGAAAGUAGGUAGUAUGUCCCUAGUCCUAUAGAGAGUAGUUAGUAUGUUGCUGGCCCAAUAGAGGGUAGUUAUUAUGUUAGGGGUCCUAUAGAGGGUAGUUAGUAUGUUACUGGUCCUAUAGAGAGGAGGUAGUAUGUUUCUGGUCCUAUAGAGAGUAGUUCGUAUGUUGCUGGUACUAUAGACAGUUAUUAGCAUGUUGCUGGUCCAAUAGAGAGUGGUUAGUAUGUGUAUGAUCCUAUACAGGGUAGUGAGAAUGUUAAUGGUACUAUAGAGAGUAGUUAGUAGGUUGCUGGUACUAUAGAGAGUAGUUAGUAUGUUGCUGGUGCUAUAGAGAGUACUUAGUAUGUUGCUGGUCCUAUUGAGAGAAGUUAGCAUGUUGGUGGUCCUAUAGAGGGUAGUUAGCAUGGUGGUGGUCCUAUAGAGAGUAGUUAGUAUGUUGCUGGUCCUAUAGAGGGUAGUUAGCAUGUUGCUGGUCCUAUAGAGGGUAGUUAGCAUGUUGCUGGUCCUAUAGAGGGUAGUUAGCAUGUUGCUGGUCCUAUAGAGGGUAGUUAGCAUGUUGCUGGUCCUAUAGAGAGUAGUUAGCAUGUUGCUGGUCCUAUAGAGAGUAGUUAGUGUGUUGCUGGUCCUUUAGAGAGUAGUUAGCAUGUUGCUGGUCCUAUAGAGAGUAGUUAGUAUGUUGCUGGUCCUAUAGAGAGUAGUUAGAGUGUUGCUGGUCCUAUAGAGAGUAGUUAGUGUGUUGCUGGUCCUAUAGAGAGUAAUUAGCAUGUUGCUGGUCCUAUAGAAAGUAGUUAGAGUGUUGCUGGUCCUAUAGAGGGUAGUUUGUAUGUUGCUGGUCCUAUAGAGGGUAGUUAGCAUGGUGGUGGUCAUAUAGAGGGUAGUUAGUAUGUUGCUGGUCCUAUAGAGGGUAGUUAGUAUGUUGCUGGUCCUAUAGAGGGUAGGUAACAUGUUGCUGGUCCUAUAGAGGGUAGGUAACAUGUUGCUGGUCCUAUAGAGGGUAGGUAACAUGUUGCUGGUCCUAUAGAGGGUAGGUAACAUGUUGCUGGUCCUAUAGAGGGUAGUUAGUGUGUUGCUGGUCCUAUAGAGGGUAGUUAGUAUGUCGCUGGUCCUAUAGAGGGUAGUAAGCAUGUCACUGGUCCUAUAGAGGGUAGGUAACAUGUUGCUGGUCCUAUAGAGGGUAGUUAACAUGUUGCUGGUCCUAUAGAGGGUAGUUAGCAUGUUGCUGGUCCUAUAGAGGGUAGUUAACAUGUUGCUGGUCCUAUAGAGGGUAGUUAGCAUGUUGCUGGUCCUAUAGAGGGUAGGUAACAUGUUGCUGGUCCUAUAGAGGGUAGGUAACAUGUUGCUGGUCUUAUAGAGGGUAGUUAGUAUGUCGCUGGUCUUAUAGAGGGUAGUUAGUAUGUCGCUGGUCUUAUAGAGGGUAGUUAGCAUGUUGCUGGUCCUAUAGAGGGUAGUUAGUGUGUUGCUGGUCCUAUAGAGGGUAGUUAACAUGUUGCUGGUCCUAUAGAGGGUAGUUAGCAUGUUGCUGGUCCUAUAGAGGGUAGUUAACAUGUUGCUGGUCCUAUAGAGGGUAGUUAGCAUGUUGCUGGUCCUAUAGAGGGUAGGUAACAUGUUGCUGGUCCUAUAGAGGGUAGGUAACAUGUUGCUGGUCUUAUAGAGGGUAGUUAACAUGUUGCUGGUCCUAUAGAGGGUAGGUAACAUGUUGCUGGUCCUGUAGAGGGUAGUUAACAUGUUGCUGGUCCUAUAGAGGGUAGGUAACAUGUCGCUGGUCUUAUAGAGGGUAGUUAACAUGUUGCUGGUCCUAUAGAAGGUAGUUAACAUGUUGCUGGUCCUGUAGAGGGUAGUUAACAUGUUGCUGGUCCUAUAGAGGGUAGUUAACAUGUUGCUGGUCCUAUAGAGGGUAGUUAGUAUGUCGCUGGUCUUAUAGAGGGUAGUUAGCAUGUUGCUGGUCCUAUAGAGGGUAGUUAGCAUGUUGCUGGUCCUAUAGAGGGUAGUUAGUGUGUUGCUGGUCCUGUAGAGGGUAGUUAACAUGUUGCUGGUCCUAUAGAGGGUAGUUAACAUGUUGCUGGUCUUAUAGAGGGUAGUUAGUAUGUCGCUGGUCUUAUAGAGGGUAGUUAGCAUGUUGCUGGUCCUAUAGAGGGUAGUUAACAUGUUGCUGGUCCUAUAGAGGGUAGUUAACAUGUUGCUGGUCCUGUAGAGGGUAGUUAACAUGUUGCUGGUCCUAUAGAGGGUAGUUAGUGUGUUGCUGGUCCUAUAGAGGGUAGUUAACAUGUUGCUGGUCCUAUAGAGGGUAGGUAACAUGUUGCUGGUCCUGUAGAGGGUAGUUAACAUGUUGCUGGUCUUAUAGAGGGUAGUUAGCAUUCCUCCAGUCAUGCGUUGAGGUGAUAUAGAGAGCUAUAGAAGUAUUACUGACGUCUACUAGUGCUUUUUAAUCAGAGACAAAACUAUCUAUGGAUUGUAAAAAAAAAAAAGCAUACUUGAUGCUUUAAAAAAAAUAUGACUAAAACAUUCUUAAAGUUUAUCUGUUGUUUAUUUUAUAGGACAGAAAGUUUUGCUUCCUAACUGUUAGCAUGACACAAUAUCACUUUUUCAUUCUGCUGUUAUUACAUGUUACUUUAACCCUCCUUGUCUCUUCAAACAACGAAAACAUUAUGGUUCAAUUGUACAAACAGCAUUGUGUCUUUAUAAAAUGUGAUUUUGUUGCAAAAUGACAAUGUUUAAAAAAAAAUGUUUUACAUUAUUAUUCUGCUAUCAAUAAUCAGCCAAAUAAACAGCAAUGGACAAAUUA